ACAUGUUUUGAGGAGGCAUAUCUUAUACUUAAUUGACAUUUUUUUUUUUGAGGAAUUAUACUUAAUUGACAUACUUUAUAAGAUAUUGUCAUGUUUUGGUCUUUUGGACAUUGAUAAACACUUUCAAAUGUAAGUUAGUGACAUCCUAUUGAGAAACUCAUUAACCCUUUUCUUAAGCUUGUCGUAUAAAAAUUGUAUAUUAUCCCAAAAUUAUUGAAUAUAAUAAUUACCCCGUAAUAUAAUAUCUCAAGCAAAAUGAUCAAAACCUAUUUGACAAACACAAAGUAUCAUCACACAAAUAUAAUUUGGUUCAACCAUAAAUAGUUUUUGAUCAGACUGUUUGACACAAAACCUACUGUUCGUAAUAUAAAGUUUUACCAGUUAUAAAAUCCAAGUGUUUGAAUUUUCGUAGCCAAUCAUUGCUGGAAUUUGUUAUAUACACUCGGGUACAUCGUACACCCAAUUAAAAAAAAAAAAAUCAAAACGAGAAUACUCAUGAAUGUAUGUUAUACCCAGGUGCAUGUAACGAUCAAUCAUUGCAACACAAAUAACAAUUGGCCCAAUUGGCUAACCAUCCUCUCUCUAUUGGGUUUGCAAUUGAAAUAAAUCCCAAAAAAAAAAAAAAAAAAAACGAGUUUAGUCCGAGUGACAAGAAUUGAAGGGGUCAACUUCAAUCUCCAUCUCUUCUUUUUGGCGCCAAAAAUUCCCAAAAACUUUCCAGCUCUCAACCAACAAACGAUGCUCCAAAGUCCAAACCAGCAGUUGAAAAUGGCUAAACAAAGGACAAUGGAAUUCGAUUCUCUCUCCUUUUCAUGGGUAAUUUCUCUUUAAGUUUCUCUUUUUUUAAUCAAUUCCAAAUUCCCCCCAAAAUUAUAAUUGUUCUGUAAAAUUUAGAAUUUGUUUAAUUUGUUGAUUUUCCCACACCCCAAUUGAUGAUUUUUGAAGAACUAAAUGCCCAAUAUCGACUCUAAUCAACUGCAAAUUAUUCGUAUACCUGGAGAUGGCAGUUGUUUGUUUCGAGCUGUGGUCCAGGGUUCCUGUCUUAUAAAAGGGAUGCCAACUCCAAGUGAGAGCCUUCAAAAGAAACUCGCAGAUGAACUUAGAGACAAGGUUGUGGAUGAAUUGAUCAAGAGACGAAAAGAUACUGAAUGGUAUCUGGAGGAUAAAUUUGACAGAUAUAUCUGUCAGAUGAGAAAAUCCUAUGUUUGGGGAGGAGAAACUGAGCUUCUCAUGGCCUCACAUGUUCUGAAGAUGCCCAUCACCGUUUACAUGCUUGACAAGAAAUCCAGUAACCUUAAAAUCAUAGCAGAAUAUGGACAAGAGUAUGGUACGCAGAGUCCAAUUUGCAUUCUUUAUCAUGGGUAUGGCCAUUAUGAUGCAUUGAAGAGUAAUCCUUAAUGCAAUCGGGGUGUAUAGAGACAAGAUGGACAUAAUGUUUUACUGGAACUUGCAUGAGUUGCAUCUACUGAUUACAGACUACAAUGACUAUAUAUGGUGUUACCCAAGAUGAUCAAAUCCUUUUAAUCUGCUUGAUACUUUGUACUAUACUGCUAUGCAUUUGUAACAUGUAAAUAUUGCAUGGAAACAAUCUAACUGGUGUUUCUCGUAUUCAUGGUUACUAGUAGGCAGGAUUGAUAUUAGACAACUAUGCAAUGGGUACGAAGAUAGCCCUCUAAUGGGGUCAGACAAUCUCCACAUCGGAGUUCUAGCUGUAAGGCAGAGCACAGCUUCAGUGUAUCUGCGGUCUGUGCUCUGCCUAUUGUGACCUUAGACAAAUCUCUAUACCAGAAAGCUGUGAUACAGUUCACAGUGUCAGAAUGCUCAUAUAUAAUGGGCCAAGAUGCUGGUUCAGCCAUUGUUGUGUACCCGAGAUAGCUCAUAGGUGUACUACUUGGCACAAUGUGCUAUAUACUUUGUAUUGGAAAUUCUCCUGUACUAUUUUACGGGUAUUAAUUACUCUCUAAUUUUUAGGUAAUCAUAGCAUCCUUGUCAAAAAUUUAGAGUGGUGAUAAACAGAAAUAGAGUAAUGGGGAAUAUUGCUAAAUUACUACUUCGUAGUUCUUAUGAUCAGUUCCUAUUUUACUAAAUAUUUGAUUUGAAGGUUGCAAUACUCAACUA